AUGGCGAUCACAGAUUUACUUUGUCGUGCCUUGCAACAAAAAUCUCUUGAUAUCGUAAAUGCAAUGGAUUUGGUCUCUACAACUAAAGCACUUCUUCUGACAUUGAGAAAUGAUAGUUUUGAUAUUCUUCUUUCAUAUGUUAAAUUAUUUUUCACAAGAUUGGAUGUUGAUAUACCAGAGAUGAGUGCUUGUUAUAAGCAUUCUAGUCGUUCAUGCCAGCAAAAGGAUGUCAUCACAGUUGAGCAUCACUUUCAUUAUGAUAUAUUUAAUGCUGCAAUAGAUUUUCAAUUGGAAGAGUUAAACUCUAGAUUCAGUGAUGAGACAGUAGAACUUCUUAUGCUUAGCUCUGCUUUGGAUCCAAAAGAUAAUUUUAAUCGGUUCAACAUUGAUAAGAUUUGUAAUCUCGCUAAGAAGUAUUAUCCUGAGAACUUCAUUGAACAGGAAAUCCAUAAUUUGAGAUGA